GGCAGGGCCAGCAUGGUGGCUCUCAGAGCGUUGUACGGACAGGGGAGAUCUGGGGAGGACCCAGAUCCCCUCCAAAAGGAUCCUCACAUCUCCCCAGAGGAUCCCAGUAGCCCCGCACAAGCACAUCCCAGUAUCCCGUCCAAAGCAUCUCCACAUCCCCGCAGUGCACCGCAGGGUUCCCCCGAGGGUCCCCAUCCCGCUGUGGCCUGGGCUGACCCCUGCACUUGCCCCUGCCCCGGGGAUCCCAUUCCCUCCACGGCCAUUUCGGGAUCCUCCUCCCCCGCUAAAUUUAGGGUCGGGAUCGGUUCCAGCUCAGCUGUUGCGGCUCCUCCGCAGCUCCGGGGCCCCGAUCCCGGCCCAGAGGCGGCAGCAGGGGAGGGCUGGCGGAGCGGCCGGAGCCGAUCCCGGCUGGGAACAGCGCCGUGAUGGAGCCGGGGAAAAAUGCAGCUCUGGAUGAAUGGGACGCACAAAUCCGGAAAUUACCGGAGGAAUUUGAAAGUGACACUGACCUGGAGGAAUGCGACACGGAGAAUGGUGAGCUCGCAGCGGAGAUUGCCCCCUGGCCCCGUUUUUCCCGCAGCCAAGGGGCAGAGGGGUUGAAUUCCCAAGGAAUCCCUGGGAAAUCCCAGGUUUACUCUCCUCUUCCCUCCCUGCCUCUCCCAGAGCACCUGACAGCCACGCUCGAGGAGCGGGACAGGAGGAUCAGCAAACUGACCUCGGACCUGGGUGAAUCCAACUCCAAACUCAAGGAACGCGACCGGAAGAUCACCAAACUUGCUGCUGAAAUCCGAAGAUUCACGGCGCUGCUGGCCGAGCGCGACUCCGGGCUCCGGAAGCUGCAGGCAGAGCUGGCCAAGUGCGACGCCACCAUCCGGAUCUUCACGGUGGAGCUCGGGGAGCGACACACGAAAAUCGGGGAGCUCACAGCUGACGUGGAGAUCUGCACUAAACGGCUCCAGCAGCACCAGGCCGAGCUGGGUGAGGAACUCUCCCUCCUGUUUUGGGGCGUUUUCCAGGAAAAUCGGGGCUUUCGGGAAAAUGGGGAUUUUUAUUGGGUUUAGAGGUGCAGGCACAGAACCUGAAAUGAGUAUUAUUAAUACAGGAUAUCCCAAAGAUAUAAAUAUAAACGUCACUGUUAAUGUUCAGGGAUAAUUAUAAAUACAGGGAUAUUUAUAGUAUGUUAUUUAUGUGAAUA